UUGAAAAGAGCUUGGCUCCUACCGCCCACAUUUCUAGAGGGUUUGGCCUGAGGCUGUGGCAGGCUGGAAGAGACUACCGAAGAGGAAACAGAAAGAAAUGAUUCGGGGGGGUUCAGCAUGUGAAAUUUGGUGGAGCGGAAAUCACAGGGUGGAAGCCCCUCUUCUUCUCUGCAUGAGAGGUGCUGAAGGACUGCAACAUAAACGAAGUCACAGAGAUUGCACCUGGUAUUUUCACCCAAUAAGAUGGCCUCGGGAAUGUUCAGUACUUAUGAAGAAAACAUUGAUGACCACAAUUUGCAAUAUGACGGCAGCCUGGGGGUCUCAGAGCUUUUGCAGGAGAAAAUACAUAAUGAGGAACUGCAGAGCUUCUUUCCUGAAGGGUGGAACUACGAGGAAAUGUUGCAGGACGUGAUGGACCUCGAGAGGUCUGAAGGAAUCAUCCCCUGGGAAGAGAGUGCCAGUGAAGAUAUCAUGGUCUUUCUGAAGCAGUUCCCUGAGCAGAGAAAGGAGAUAGAGAAGUGUAUCCAGUGCCUUAAGGACAUGGCAGACAACAUUGACCUGAUCCAUAAGAACUGCACCAUUGCCAACAUGGCCGCAAACUCCACGAGCCUGGCGUCUGGCAUCUUGACCAUCCUUGGGCUGACCUUAGCACCGCUGACAGCAGGGGGGAGUUUGGCUCUCACGGCAACUGGGAUUGGCUUAGGGGCAGCAGCAGCGGCUACCAGCAUUUCUGUCAGCAUAUAUGAGAACGUCAGCAAUUCGAAGGAAAGGAGCAAAGCCAACGACCUGCUGGUGGAAUGCCAAAGCAACCUUAAAACACUGACCCACCCCGAUGAAGUGGAUUUCAGACCCAUCACCUCCCCAAAGAGCGAGGCCAUGGGCAACCAUCUGACACACGUCCUUUCCACUGCUAGUAAAAUUCCAGAGGUAGUCUACAAAAGCGUUAAGGGGAUAAGAACCAACGUAAGAGCAUUCAAAGUGGUGAAAGCUAACCCUGGUUUGAAAGCCUUAGCACAACGGCUCACCGCGGCUGGGAGGACAGCCCGGAACACAGCAAAGGGGACCAAGCAAGUGCAAAAAGCCUUAGCUGGGACCACUCUUGCCAUGUCCAAAAGUGCGAGGGUGCUCGGUGCCACAGCCGCAGGAGUUUUUGUCGUGUUUGAUGCCUACAGUCUCGUGAAAGACUCCAUCCAUUUAACUGAGGGGGCGAAGGCAGAGGCUGCAGCAGAUAUAAGAGAAAAAGCUAGCCAACUUGAAAAGGACCUUCAGAAUCUCAGCGAGCUGUAUGAGGAGCUGAAAGGCAUGGUAUAUGAAUAAAUGAGACACAAGUUCCCAUUUCCAGCACUGGGCCAGGAGAAGAACCAAUUCACAAGGGGAGGGGAGAUUGUGGUAGGAAGUCAAAGCCCCCAAAAGCUACACACGAUGCCAACUAACAAGGAGAUGCCAGCUCCACUUUGACCAAAAGCAUUAAGCGAUCUGAACAGUUCAAAGAGAUUGAUACCGUAAUUCACUCCCUCCUGCGUUUGGAAUUCAGUGAAAGGAUCAGGAGACGUCGUGCUACUGAACAACAUUUUGUUAAUUCAGAACCUGGGACACCAUGAAUCAUCCUGCUAGGAAUUUAUCCUAUUUUGCCUAUGCUUAAGAGAAAGCAACAAUAUCCUGUAGGCAUGUGUGAGAGAUCUGCUCAGGAGUGAAAUUACAAGAGCAGUAACUGCUUUUCAAAUGAACUUGUAAAGCAUUACACUUCUUCCUUUCUGAUUUGAGUGUAUUAGCUGCCUUGCCCACAGCUGUAAUGCUCACUGAAGCAUUUUAAUUCACCUCAGCAAAUAGAUAGAAAUACCUGAGAUAUUUGUGCCUUGCCACCAUUAUUUUUAUAUUAGAGUAGCACUUACGUGCCUCAACGCUGGGGGUUGUACAGACUCAGUGGAAACUGGGGCUCGGUGUGAAGAGAAGGCUUGAGGGAGAGAAAUUUCUCCAAAGUUCUGAAAUUCACCCCCAUCUGCAAGAGCAUCUGGAGAAGGGGAGAUUCCCUCAACUCCCUUCAUUUGAAAUUAAAGCCAUGCCGUGGAGUCCUAGCAGUUCUAGGCUAGCCAGCGUGCUUUAACCAACCACACAGCCAUGAACUAGCAUGGAGAGUAGCAAAGCGGUGUUUCCAGAAGGUGGAGAGUCAAACCUUUUACAUUUCAGGGGAGGGGCACACCCUCACUCUAGCAGAGAAGAGGCUAAUGAGUUCUUAUGGGCUCAGCCAGCACUAACCAGGAACCAAUAUACGUGCCUCCAUAUCCUCGGGACCAGAGUACCAAGAGGGAGCUGAUGU